AUGGAAGCCCGGGUGAAAAGUUGGACAGAGCUGGUGACAAAAAAGUUUCGCCGGCCUGGAGAUGCUGAGAACGAAAAGCCACUAACUCCUCCAUCUAUUGGUCUCUGCCUAUCUGUAAACGAGUCAGAGGGUCCUGGCCAUCAUUGGCACUGUGGCUUAUAUCGUUUGCACCGAAAUGCUAAUCAAUUAAACAUUGCACUAACAAUCUCCUCAUCCUCUCCAACUCCUCACCACCUCCUCUCAGUUUUUGAUCAGUUUUCUCCUACAAUCUAUUUCCCUCUAAUUUUCUUCUAUCCCAACAAUAGGGAUAUUCAUGAGAUCAAUAAUAUUGAUCCCCAAUGUUUGGUUGUUGAAAGAACCAAGCUUCUGAAAAGAUCACUAUCCGAAACCCUAAGUCGCUUCUACCCCUUCGCAGGAAGAAUCCACGAUCAUUCUUCAGUCUCUUGCAAUGACAAGGGAGCUAUGUUUCUUGAAGCUCAGGUCAACUGUCCUAUAUCAAGGGCCUUGGAGAAACCUGACCUUGAUUUUGUAAAAAAGUUUAUUCCUAAUUUACAAUCUACUGAAGGAGACACCGGACAUGAUCUUCUAUUAGUCCAAGCCAACUUCUUUGAAUGUGGUGGAAUCGCAAUCGGAUUCAACGUUUCACAUAAGAUCAUGGAUGCCUUCAGACUUAGCACAUUCAUCAAUAGUUGGUCUGCAACUUCCCGUGGUUUGCAACUUCCUCCACAUCAAUAUGUUACUAUUGAAUCUCUGAAGUCCAAAGCUGCCAGUGCUGCCGUGCAAAAUCCUACGCGAGUCGAAGUUGUUUCAGCACUGAUUUGGAAAUGUGCGAUGAAAGCAUCAACUGCAAACUUGAAUUCUGCAAGACCAUCAUCAUCAGCAUGGUUGCAACUUGUGAACAUGAGGAAAAUAUUGUCACAACCAUCUGCGGAGAACUUGAUGGGGAACCAUUUGGGUUUCUUUGCAGCAAUAUCAACGAAAGGAGAAAGUAAGGGUGAUCUUCAAGGCCUGGUUGCUGCAAUGAGGAAGGGGUCCGAGGAAUUUAAGGUGAAGUAUGGUACUAAUGGUGUUGGGGUGGACGAUGUAAGUAAACUCCUGAAAGGGUAUGGGGAGUUUUUGCAAAAGGGUGAUAUAGAGUGCUAUUGCUCCACCAGUUGGUGCUAG